UGUUCCGUACUGCAGUGCUUUUGCUUUACAAUUUGCUGCUUUAUAUUUGUAUAUACUUUAUGGUGGACGGUAAAUAAACAUGAAAUUUAAUUCAAGGUUUGUCGUAUCGCAAUAAAGUAAUUUAAAACUGUAAAAAUAAAUACGUUAUUCAUGAAGCUUCGUCAACAAAUUGAAUUCAGUUUUUCUACCUUGAAAGUAAACAUUUUUGUCAUAUAAGUUUUUGCUGACGUUUAAACGAUACGUGUUAGUCAAAAGUUUCGAUGAGAGAUACAUCUUUUAUGUGAUUUAAUUUAGGUUUAUUUGUGUAAAUAUUCGUUACGGCAGUAAAAAUGAUAUUGAUAAUAACGAUUGUAGCACUUGCAAAGUUUUUGAUUCAAGUCGAUUCGUUUUAUUUGCCGGGAUUAGCUCCCGUCAAUUAUUGUAAAGAGGACGAGUCGGAUGUCUGUAAGGCUGAUGUAAAAUUAUAUGUCAAUCGAUUGAAUACUGAGGAAUCCGUAAUACCUUACGAGUACAAUCAUUUCGAUUUUUGCUCACCAGACGAUGAUUCUAAAUCACCAGUUGAGAACUUGGGUCAAGUUGUUUUUGGUGAAAGGAUUAGGCCUUCGCCUUACAAAAUCAAAUUUAUGAAGAAUGAGAGUUGUGUAUCUGUUUGUAAAAAAUCUUACAGUGGGGCUAAUGCGAAGCAUAACCUACUCUUAAGUGUAUUAAGAAAGGGUAUUAGUCUUAAUUACCAACAUCAUUGGAUAGUAGACAAUAUGCCAGUGACUAGCUGUUACGAGACUGACGAUAAUAGGCAAUAUUGCACCACAGGAUUCCAAAUGGGUUGCUAUGUAAGGAAUGGCAGACAGACUUGUUUGAGGCCCACUAGUAACCAAAAUGCUUAUUACAUUUACAAUCACGUAGAUUUAAAAAUCACAUAUCACUCGGGUGCUAAAGAGGACUGGGGCAGUCAAUUUGGAGAAAACGGGGGGAGAAUUAUUUCUGUAAAAGUAAUACCAAGAAGCAUUGACCACAAAAAGAGCAUUGACAAAAAUGAUAUGUGUUCUCAUAAUAACGAACCUUUGAAAUUUCCGACAAAUCCUUUAAAGAAAAACGAAACCUACGAAUUAAAUUAUACAUACUCUGUAAUCUUCGUCCAAGACAACACUGUGAAAUGGUCUUCAAGAUGGGAUUAUAUUUUGGAAUCCAUGCCUCACACCAACAUACAGUGGUUUAGCAUCUUAAAUUCCUUGGUUAUUGUCCUGUUCUUAUCGGGCAUGGUUGCCAUGAUAUUACUAAGGACUUUGCACAAGGACAUAGCAAGAUACAACCAAAUCGAUAAUGGAGAGGAUGCUCAGGAAGAAUUUGGCUGGAAGCUGGUACACGGGGACGUAUUCCGGCCCCCAAGGAAAGGAAUGUUGCUCUCUGUACUCCUGGGUUCGGGAGUGCAAGUAUUCUGUAUGACUCUCGUUACUCUAGCGUUCGCCUGCCUGGGAUUCUUGAGUCCGGCCAACAGGGGAGCCCUUAUGACCUGCGCCAUGGUGCUGUACGUGCUUCUGGGUUCGCCCGCCGGAUACGUUUCCGCCAGGAUUUAUAAGAGUUUCGGUGGUGAAAAGUGGAAAUCCAAUGUCUUGCUCACGUCUAUGCUGGCUCCUGGGAUAGUUUUUGGGUUAUUUUUCAUCAUGAAUUUGGUGUUGUGGACUAACGAGAGUUCAGCGGCAGUGCCUUUCAGUACUUUAGUGGGAUUGCUAGCGUUGUGGCUACUGGUUUCUGUACCUCUUACAUUCGUCGGGGCGUUCUUUGGAUUUAGGAAGAGGGCUUUGGAACACCCCGUCAGAACCAACCAGAUACCGAGGCUGAUUCCGGAACAGACGGUGUACACCCAGCCCCUGCCCGGCAUCAUAAUGGGUGGCGUGUUACCUUUCGGUUGCAUCUUCAUCCAGCUAUUCUUCAUCCUGAACUCGAUCUGGUCCUCCCAGAUGUACUACAUGUUUGGUUUCCUCUUCCUCGUCUUUAUAAUACUGGUCAUCACUUGCGCCGAGACGACCGUCCUCCUCUGCUACUUCCACCUCUGCGCCGAGGACUACCACUGGUGGUGGCGCUCCUACCUUACCUCCGGCUUCACGGCAGUCUACCUUUUCCUCUACUGUUGCCACUACUUCUUCACCAAGCUGCAGAUCGAGGACGCCGCCUCCGGCUUCCUCUAUUUCGGCUACACGUUGAUCAUGGUGUUUCUGUUCAACCUGCUGACGGGCACGAUAGGGUUCUUCGCCUGCUUCUGGUUCAUCCGGAAGAUCUACAGCGUGGUGAAAGUGGACUGAGGCGUCGGAUCGUUUUGCGAUGCAUCGUUAAUCGGUUUAGUGCAGAGGUGUAUGUUUUGUUUCGAACGGGGUGUUGUUUAUUUCGGGGGUGACGUGGUGGAGGGGCGCGAGGUGGGGUGUGUGCCGAUCUGGAAGGCUUGGAGUUAUCGGGGGAUUUCGUUUGUGUGGAAACGUCAGGAUUUCUGUCGUUUUCGCAGGAUUUUGGAGUUCGGGUUUUACUUACGGGGUGGCGCUGUCGGUUGAAUCGCUGGUAAGUAACUUCGGUACAGUAGCAUUUAAGAGGGCUCUGUAGCGAAUAGGCAACCAGCAAUACGUUUUUAUAGAUUUUAUUGCACAGUUUUGUCUAAAUAUGCAUUAAUGCACAAAUAACAGAC